AUGGCACAACAUCUCUUUGGUCCUCCACAUCCUUUGCCUGGUGACCUUUUCACUGGUGUUCUACAUGUGAUGAGUGAAAUUGAUGCGAACCUUUUUUCAUGCAAGAGAUUGCCUGAAAACACACCUAUGUUGGCAGAAGGGGCUGUCUUGCCUCUGGGCAGGGUUAGCGUUUAUGAUGCCUUGGUGAACCAAUUUGAAGACGUUUUGGUGAUCAGUUUUACCCCAGAAACCUGGUGGAAACAAAUUCCAGAUAUGGGGGAUGCCCUAUCCACGGCAGUGGUCGACCUAUGUGCUGGCACUGGAUCCAUGAGUCUAGGCGCUCAAUUCAUGGGGGCUGAACCUAUGGUUGCGGUUGACUGGAAUCAUGUUGCAAUAGCACAUCUCAAUGCUAACCACAAGGGCACCAUUUUGCACUUGGACAUCUCAGCCAGGGAUGCAGCCAGACAAGUGCACCAGGCGUGCAACCAGCGGCCAGGAACGGUGUUCAUGGGCUUCCCAUGCCAGCCGCACUCAGUCCAAGGGCAACGUCGUGGCACAGCUGAUCCACGUGCAGAAGUGCUUUGGCAUGGGCUUCACAUUGCCUUUAUGAUCCAAGCUCAGGCAGUGAUCCUUGAAUGCACACCAGCAGCUGGCCACAACCAGGACAUCCGGCAUGGCUUGGCAACUCUGGCAGCAGCCAUGGGUUGGACAAUUUUGACCACGGAACUGGAUCUUGCUGAUGUGUGGCCUAGUAGGCGUCACAGGUGGUGGGCUCUUCUGAUGCCAUCUGCAUGGAACCAAGUAGGCAUGACUUCAUGGACUUUGCAAACACCAUUUGAUCAUGUUGGCACCAUUAUCCCGACAUGGGGACAUUGGACUGAUGAAGAGGAACGAGAUUUGCAGUUGACGCAGAAUGAGUUCAACAUGUUUCAUGAUGCACGUUUUGGCAGUGAUGUCCGACAUCUGACCAUCGAGGGGUUUGCAUCCACUAUUUUGCAUUCAUAUGCGAAUGCACUUGGGCCCUGCCCUUGUGGAUGCCGACACCAAGCAUUUCAUGAGUUGACCCUGCAAAAAGGGGGCUUGCGAGGUUUCUAUGUGACUUCAGGUUCAACUGGACGUCCAAGAUAUUUGCACCCCCGAGAGGCUGGUCUUCUCCUUGGAGUACCAGACUCGAUUCUCUAUCCACAUGAUGUCAGAACAAGUUUGUCCCUUUUGGGCCUGCUGGCCUCACCAAUUCAAACAAUAUGGAUCUAUGGUCAUUUGAAACUCAACCACUUCAAGACCACAUGCCACGGACCCUGCCCGUCCGUUGAAGACUGGCUGUGGGCCUACCUCAGGGAACUCUUGGCGCAGAUCAACUUUGACUUUGGCACCUCAGUCUCUAUCCCUCGCACCCUGGAGAUCAAUGCCAAUGGAGAAUAUCUAUCUCUUCCACUGGGACCUGACAGUGCAGCAGUCAGAACACUGUUGCGAGCAGAGCGCAUUUCAAUUGGCUGGAAUCAAAGUUGUGCUCUUUGGCAUGCUGACCAGCGCCUCAGAUGUGAUGCAAUCCUCCUGGAAUACCUCCAAUCUGGACUUCAAUUGAAGAGUCAGGAAGGAGACACUGGACGUGUACAACCUGCUGAACCAGUAGUCAUUGCGGUGCAACAUGGCCACCAACUACAAGUUCAUCUUACCUCUCCUGGCAGCUUUCUCUUUGAAAUCCUGGUAGAAAUGCAACUCCCACUGAUCCGCAAGGUCAUUGACAUGAAGGGUCGCAUCUUGCCGGUCGACCUCAGGAUCUGGCACCCAAUCGCUGUCAAGACACUCGAUGAGGCACCUUGGACUUUGAUGCCUGGAUUUUUUCGAAGAGCCAAUGGGUCCAAAUUGGACGAGAAGAGAGGUCUACACGAUGGGCAAAUCUGGAAGAGCCUUCUUGCGCUUCUUCAUGAAUCACCUGUCCUUGCAUCAGCAGCGCUUGCAAUCCAUCCUGCAUUUGCCUCAGCCCUGCUCCGAGACUGGCUCUCGCCAACUCAUGUCCGGCAGCUGAAAUUGGACUUUGAACACUCCUCAGGACACAUUGCUUGCAUUUUUGAGGCUCAUGGGCAUUGGACUUUGCUCUGGGGUUGCUGGACUCAAGUUGGCAUUAGAUGGUUCCAUUAUGAUGGCCUCCACACGAAUUGUCUCCAUGACGCAACUCAACUGGCCACAGCAAUCUCGAAGGUGUUGGGUUUGGAUUUUUGCCCUCCACUUUCGCUGAGCAUAACAGCCCAAGUUGAAGCUCAUACUUGUGGCACGGUGGCCCUGAUGCACCUUUUCCACAUCCUGAACCCUGGACUUAUGGUUCCUCCACAAGCCGUCAAGAUCAUUCAUGAUUGGAUUUUGGCACAACCUACCCUUCAAGGUAGUAUCUUUGCACAGGGCAUCACUGAGCUUUCACGGGAACAAUUCCACAAGCUCAAACAGUUGCUCCAAGAUCAUGGAGUACCUGAUGCUAAAGCUGACGAACGAGCACGAUUCGUCCUGCAGAAGGAUGAACUUCAAACAUCCAUGCGCAAAGAGCUUGACGAUUACAAGUCCAAUCAAGAUGCUCACAUGUCGGCCCCAAACGAAGAAGCCACUGAACAACGAUUCGCCAAGAUUGAAUCUACUCUUGGCGAGAUUCAAGCGCAGCAGACGCAGUUCACCCAGUGGUUCAACCAAGUCGGCCAAGCUUCAACGGCCACCGAGAAUGCCAUUCAGACGAUCAACUACACCCUCAGCACCCAUCAGCAAGACCUCCAGGGCCUGCAUCAUGAGAUCAAGAAUGUCUCGGAUAACCUUGGCCAAACAUUGCAGAAAACCUUGGCAAGCCACCAAACCGAGAUGACAGCCGACUUUGCGGCCAGAUUCGACAAGUUGGAGGCCAUGUUUGCCAAGAAGCAUAGAAGCGAAUGA